AUCGCUCUAAUUCACUCCAUUUUCCUCUUCUUCUUCUUCUUCUUCUUCAAAACAGUCUCAGAAAUUUUCUCCUCUCAUUUUACUUCACUAUUCCAAAUUCUUCACAAUGGUCCGAAUCAGCAACAACCUCGUUGGAAUCCUCAACUUCAUCACCUUCUUACUCUCGAUCCCAAUUCUCUGGGCCGGCGUUUGGCUCAGCAAACAAGGAAGCACCGAGUGUGAGAAGUAUUUAGACAAACCCAUUAUCAUAAUCGGCGUUUUUCUCUUGUUGGUUUCUCUCGCCGGUCUUCUCGGUGCUUGCUGUCGAAUCUCAUGGCUUUUAUGGGUUUACCUUCUUGUUAUGUUUGUUCUUAUUGUUAUUCUCUUUGCUUUCACCAUUUUCGCUUUCGUCGUCACUAACAAAGGCGCCGGUGAGGUCUUGUCGAAUCGGGGUUAUAAGGAGUAUAGGCUUGGGGAUUACUCUGGUUGGUUGCAGAAGAGAGUGAACAAUAAUAAAAAUUGGAAUAAAAUCAAGAGCUGCUUGAUUGAUGGGAAGAUCUGUUCUACCUUUGCUGAUAAGUAUAUUAAGGAUACUGUUGAACAGUUUUAUCAGGAGAAUUUGUCUGCUCUUCAGUCGGGUUGCUGUAAACCUUCCAACGACUGCAAUUUCACUUAUGUGAGCCCAAUUGUCUGGAACAGGACUGUUACAAACUCGCCCAACCCGGACUGUAAUUUGUGGGAAAAUGAUCCCAAUGUUCUGUGCUUCAAUUGCCAGGCCUGCAAGGCUGGGUUGCUUGAUAAUAUUAAGAGCAACUGGAAGAAGGUUGCUGUUGUGAACAUUGUAUUUCUCGUCUUUCUCAUUAUCGUCUAUUCGGUUGGCUGCUGUGCUUUUCGAAACAACAGAGAGGAUCAUGCCUAUCAACGGCAAUGGAAGUGAUCUCAAGCUGAACCAAUAGUUCUGUAAGCAUUCUCGUUGUUUAGUUUGCCUUUUUCUCGAAUUCCCCUCUAUGUAUAUUGUAUUUCUCCUCCCUUUUCGGAGGUCGUGAUUUUGUUUGUUUGACUUUGAUCUGCUGUUUUCUUUGGAGAUAUGAUGAUUUGUAGUGCUGACAUUGAUUGUCUCUCUCUGUUCUUCCAUUUUGUGAAGUUUGGUUAGAUUCUGGUUAGUGUAACAUGAAUUUUUGGCAUGAAUUAUUGCUGUUAUUUCA